UUUUGUGGCUAAGAAAAAAACCAAAAAUGUUUUUCGGAUUGAGAAAAGAACCAAAAAUGGUGGAAAACGGAGAAGAUAAAUCAAACAAAGGUUUGGAAGGCACUGGCUUAGUUUUACCGAUCAACCGUCACUCUAACUUGAAAAGCGCUUCCUCCGAUGAUGACUUCACCCAAAUCCUCACAAAUAUCAAAUCCUCCAAAACUCCGGCUGUUAUCAAUUAUGGAGCUUCAUGGUGUCGAGUUUGUAGCCAAAUUCUGCCUGCAUUCUGUAGAUUGAGCAACAAAUUCCCGAAGUUGUCCUUUAUAUAUGCAGAUAUUGAUGAAUGUCCGGAAACAACUCAACACAUUCGGUACACUCCGACCUUCCAGUUUUUCCGAGAUGGUGAAAAGGUAGAUGAGAUGUAUGGGACCGGAGAAGAGAGGCUGCAUGAUCGUCUGUGGUUGCAUUCGUGAAGACAUGUUACGAUGGAAACAUUAUGUUUGUAAUUUCCCUAUUGAUCUAUUGGUGUAAGAAUGACAAUUGGCAAUUGCCUAUCAUCGACAAUUCAAUGUAUUUCAAAUUGAAGAUUAAUUAUUGAAUGACUUUGUUCGAAA